UCUCCAAUUUAUUUGAAAUCGAGGAAGCGCAGCAUUUCAUUUUCUGUCCCCCCAAAACCCUCAAGCACAGAACCCUUCUUCUCCAGUCCACCAUCUUCAACUGCUGCAAUUCUUCAACUCUCUCACAAAUACGUAUAGAAAUUUGCAUUGCAGUCCACUCCGCGUGUGAGAUGCGCCAUAGUUAUGCAGAAGCUGCUGCGCCGAAGCCCCUCCGGCCCCCAUAUUUUAUCCGCUAAAACUCCUCUCUCUCUCUGCGGCCUCGCCGACGCCAAAGCCAUGUCUUCUUCCACCGCCGCUCUCCGCUACCCUCACCCUCGAAACCACUUCUCUGCGGCCGCCGCGGCGCAGAGCCUGCGCCUCGUGCGGAUGCCCCCCUGCGGUAAAACAGCGGCCCUUAGGGCGUGGGUGGUUUCUAAAGAGAGUAAUUAUGGUGGCAUGAGUGCGCCCUACAGGGCUUGGUUCAGUACAUGCUCCGGAGAGGUGUUGCAGGAGAAAGAGGGGGAGAAUGUGAAAAGGGUGCAGAGGAGGCAGAGGGGGAAUCCGGAUUUGUUGACAAUACCUGGAGUCGGGCCGAGAAAUUUGCGUAAGCUGGUGGAGAAGGGGUUUGAGGGCGUGGCGCAGCUCAAACAGCUCUAUAAAGACAAGUUUUCUGGGAAAUCAAGUGAGAAAAUGGUGGAGUUCCUGCGGAGUUCGGUGGGUAUCAUACACAAGAACCAUGCUGAAAGUAUAACAACAUUCAUUAAGGAAAGUGUAGAUGAAGAGCUGAAGGAGGUUGGUGCAAGGCCAGCUCACAAGAAGCGGAUCACUCUCUGUGUCGAAGGGAAUAUCAGCGUUGGGAAGACCACCUUUUUGCAAAGAAUUGCAAAUGAAACACUUGAGCUUAGAGACAUUGUGGAGGUUGUUCCUGAACCAAUUGAUAAGUGGCAGAAUAUUGGUGCAGACCACUUCAACAUAUUGGAUGCUUUUUAUGCUGAGCCGGAGAGAUAUGCCUAUACCUUCCAGAACUAUGUAUUUGUCACGAGAGUUAUGCAGGAGAGGGAGUCAUCAGGCGGUGUUAAGCCCCUCAGGCUGAUGGAAAGGAGUGUUUUCAGUGAUAGAAUGGUCUUUGUGAGAGCUGUUCAUGAGGCCAAGUGGAUGAAUGAGAUGGAGAUCAGUAUUUACGACUCGUGGUUUGAUCCUGUUGUUUCAAGUUUGCCUGGUCUUAUUCCUGAUGGUUUUAUCUACCUUAGAGCAAGCCCUGGUACUUGUCAUAAGCGUAUGAUGAUGCGUAAGAGAGCAGAGGAAGGUGGAGUCUCUCUUAAUUAUCUGCAAGACCUGCAUGAAAAGCAUGAAAGCUGGCUUUUCCCUUUCCAAAGUGGAAAUCAUGGAGUGCUGUCGGUAAGCAAGGUACCCAAUGAUGUUGAUUGGUCCUUACAUCCCAAGAUAAGGGAUCAAGUGUUCUAUCUGGACGGUGAUCAUAUGCACUCAAGCAUCCAAAAGAUUCCUGCUUUGGUUCUCGACUGUGAACCAGAUAUUGAUUUCAGCAAAGACAUCGAGGCAAAGCGAGAGUAUGCUAGUCAAGUUGCUGAGUUCUUUGAAUUUGUCAAGACUAAGAAAGAAGUUUCUGCUCCUACUGAUGGAGAAGAUGCAGCAAAGGGCAACCAUCAUCAGGUGUUGCUGCCCCAUAAUGGAAAUUUGUGGAUGCCGGGUACACAACCCUUCCCCGAAUCCGCCCUCAAGUCACUGGAUCUUACACGGACCAUGUCGAUUAUGCCUCAGUAGUGUAAGUAAUUUCUCUCGUUUGAAUUGUUCAUUUCUUCCUCCUGUAAAGAGACGCGGCUCACUUGGCUUACCCCUGUGGGGUUGUAGAUUUGGUAGAUAGUUGCUAAUUGUAGUUUUUUCUUGUGCAACAGUUUGCACCCAAGUCUUUAAAAAGUUUUGCUGUAACGAAAAAUAUUUUUGCCGACAGUUUUCAAGUUAAAUAGUCAGCAGAAUCUGAUUACGGCAACCAA